GAGGAGGUAUUGGAAAGCGGACAGGUAAGUGGUAUGGUUCUCAGUCGCUUACCGAUUAGUCCGUACUAGACAUUUGAUUAAUGCGAACGUUACUUUUUGAAACCCAGUUGGAAGUCUGGCUCAUUAUCUUCUAAUAAGUAGGAUGUAUUGGGGGUCGGUUCUCUAAAUCGUGCAUUAUUUGUACAGUUACUACGUUGAUGGGUAUUUAUGUGCUGAAAUUCACAUUGCAGCAAAGUUCAGUUUCGCGAAGUGUACGCGUAACAUGCUUUCCAGGAGAGAUAAACGCAAGGCAUUGACUUAGAUUAUGAAUUUCUGCUUAAUCUCGGCAACACGUUUUCGGUGAUAUGCAACUGUUACAUUUUAAUUGUUUCUAUUUAUUUGAGAGAUACGGCAAAGUAAAGUGUUCUUGGCAGUGAACGUGCCACCAGUGCAAACAGUGUAAUACAAAGUGAUGAUAUUGUAAUUUAGUUACAGUGUAACCGGAAAAUAACUUCCUUUUCCCAUUGAUAGUGCAUAAAUAAUUGAGCCCCGAAGAGUGGAAAUAAAAGAUAUAAUUUGAAUAGAAAAAGUAUCUUCCGAUUGUUUAUAUCUAAUCCAACAUCAAUAUAAAGCACAAUAGCGUGAAUAGCUGAUUCUCAUUCUGGAUAGUAACCGGAUUUACUUCUAGAUAAUCAGGAAGCACUGGGCCCUCCUUAUGAAAAUACUGAAGUGAAUUCUAUGAUCAAACAACAUCAACAUGUCGGAAUACUUCGAAUUUCAAAUGUCCAGCAGCUAUAGGAGCGGCACUUCAUCAUAUCUCGAUGCCGAAUCAAAGUCAAUCAACCGUCAUGAUCCUGGAGAUCGACGUCGCGCCUUGGAAACAAUAAAGGAUAUGAUUGGAGCCAGCACAAAUCUUGUUCUACGCGACAAAUCCUGUUAUGUAGACGAUGAAUUUCUUAUGCGUUUUCUUUACGCUCGCAAGUUUCGGAUUGAUGAGGCCUUCGAGUUGAUAGUAAACUACCAUUCAUACUUGCAACGGAACAGGUUGCUACUCCAAAGACUGACCAUCUUCGAUGAAACUAUACAGUUGGCUCUGAGAGACGGUUUUCCCAGUGUCCUAGCAGAUCGCGAUCGACGUGGAAGGAAGGUUAUUGUGUUCUUUACAUCGAACUGGGAUCCUACGGCAUUCUCAAUGGAAGUAGUGUACAGAGCUUUUCUCCUAUCAUUGGAGAAGUUGCUGGAGGACAAACAGAAUCAAUCGCAAGGUUUCAUAGUUAUUGUGGAUUGGACAAAUUUCACUUUACGACAAUCAUCACAUUUAGCUCCGAAGACUUUGAAGCUUAUGAUUGAAGGAUUGCAGGAUUGCCUUCCAGUGCAAUUCAAAGCAAUACACUUCAUAGCACAACCAUGGUACGUCGAAGCAGCACUUGCCGUGAUAAAACCCUUCCUCAAGGAAAAAACACGCAACAGAAUCAAACUGCAUGGGGGUAAUCUCUCAACCCUCCACGAAUGCGUUCCCAAGGACAUCCUCCCCACUGAACUAGGAGGCGAAGGACCUGCAUUGAAUGCUCUCGACUGGUAUCACACACUUCUCGAAUCCAGUCAAACAAUGGAUUCGCCGAAGUCCUACAGGAUCACUGAGACCACCAUUUACUCAAUGCCACCGAAAGGCUUCGUCAAAGGAUCGUCGGAAAAUUUGAAAGCCAAUUUUGAGCCGACUGCGAAAACAGCUCUGAUUGAGGUCAAACAUAACUUGUGACAGCUCCAUAAGCGGAGAUGAUCAAGGAGUAUAUUCUGUUAGUGUGUUUUAGAGCUAGGAUGUACGUUUAAAUGACUCUCUUUUCCCCUAGAUGUCUAAUAGAUUUGUGCGACUACUUUUUAUAAUCUCAUAGGCUUAGGAGCAUUUUGUACUUUGUAGAGAAUCAAUUGAAAUUCAGUAUUUCCAGAUAUUUAUGAAAAAAGUCAAACUUUUAAUGAUCAUUCUCGAAACUGUGCAUAUAAACUUUAUCAAUGCUAAAAAUAAAUACAUUUAAUGACAGUGUAAAUUUAUGCAUUAGGACUUUAUUUAUUGCAUGUGAAAUGAAUAUCGUAUCCUUCAUUUCUUGAAUUAAUUUGUAUUCCUGCUGAAGAAUUGUAAGAAAAAAUAAAUGGCGUUUUCUAGAAA